GAUCAGUGAAGCAGCACGAUUCCGUUAAGUGCUGAUCACGAUAAACCGCUGAAAGGAUAAUCACUCUCAGAUCCAAUGCCUGAUGGAUACAAGUAGACAUCACUGUUCGGUCAGGCAUUGGCUUAGAAGUUCCUUUCCUCUUCUAAUUGGUAUGGUAUUUGGGCAUCUAUAUUUUGGCAUACUUCAAUGGACAGGAAAGGAGAAGCCAAUUAAUUGUGCUAUUACCAAAGUUUCAAGAACUGUCUAUCCCUGGACCACGAUAAGAAAGCCACGAAUAUUGUGUUACAUUAAUACAUAUCCACCAAACUACGUCACAAAAGCCAUCCAUGUCCAGAACACUUGGGCUCGUCGAUGCGAUGGAUUCUAUUUCACUAGCACCGUCAAUCAUCCAAAUCUGUCAGUCUUGGUUCUCAACAUGACUGAGCCGGAGGUACGUGGACACUUGUGGGUGAAGAUGCGGAAAAUUCUUCGCGCAAUUUAUCGCAUGGCCGAUGAAUACGAUUAUUUCCUAAAAGCGGACGAUGACACAUAUGUCUUUUUGUCGAACUUGCGCGAGUUUCUAGUCAAUCAUGGCAACCCUGCAAAGCCAAUUAUGUGGGGCUAUCGUUGGUUGACUCUCUGUCCAGGUGGCUAUUUUUCCGGUGGCUCUGGUUAUGUUCUCACACGCGAAGCCCUGAAGCGAAUUGUUGACCGAGCCAUUGAUCGGCACCCCCUUUGUCCAAACACAGAUGAAGACAAAGAGGACGUUAAAAUGUGUAUAUGUGGUCGAGCAGUGGGCGUCAAGUUGGAGGACGCUCAGUCAGCGGACGGAAACAAACUUUUCUAUCCAUAUAAUAUUAUCAAAAUCGCCAAAGACAUGACCUCCUGGAACCUGAAAAACAUGCUCAACCAAGCUAGAAUUACAGACUCCGAUAUGGAACGGUUUAAGAAAUACACUCAUUUGCAAACCAAUUUGGUUUUCACGACAGACUCAACUGAAUCUCCUGGUUAUGGUGUUCUACAACUGAAUGUGCUGCACAAAGGCCGCCUCACGUUUGAGUUGGCACGAUAUUUGGGAUAUCGCAGUAUAUUUUCAUAA